UGACUCGCUGGGCAACGCGAUUCGAUAAUAAAAUGGCAGCGCAGUGCUCGAGAUUAGGAUGUUAUUAGUCACCCAACUGUAUUUGUGAUUAAAUAUCAGCUGGAUGCGUAGCAAAACGUAAACGGAAAACUUGUGAUACUGAACGGUACGGUUCCGCAGUUGCGUGACGUCUGCGUGAUAAUCAACUUGCCAUUAAUAUAGAAUUAAACGAACUACGAAACAAUGGGGCUUUUCUCAAAUUCACCGUUUGACGCUGACGUUGAGAAGGCAACCAAUGAGAAAAAUACGUCUGAAGAAUGGGGAUUGAUAAUGGAUAUAUGCGACAAAGUAGGCAACUCUAGCCAGAACGCUAAAGAUUGUCUUCGCUCCAUUGUCAGGAGGUUAAAUGCUCAAGAUCCACACAUUGUUAUGCAAGCUGUAACUCUGUUGGAUGCUUGCGCGAGCAACUGUGGAAAGACAUUUCACUUGGAAAUAGCAUCCAGAGAUUUUGAAGGCGAAUUGAGAAGGUUGAUAGCCCGUUGUCAACCAAAAGUAGCGGAAAAGCUAAAAUCACUAUUGAAGAAAUGGGCUGAAGGAGAUUUUAAGACGGAUCCACAACUUAAUUUGAUUCCUAGUUUAUACAACAAAUUAAAGAGCGAGGGCUUGGAUUUCUCAUCUGUCCCAGAUAUGCCUAAACAGACCGUUAUCAGUAGAGAUCCGAACGUUGUAACAAAUUCUCAGGAAGAAGAAGAUAUUGCAAAAGCAAUAGAACUUUCGUUAAAAGAGAACAAACAACAUCAUCAUUCUACCAUCUCGCACAGUUCACCAUCGGCAAAGAAGUCUAGCAGUUUAUAUCCCAGUGUCAGUACAGCGUUGAGUUCAGCUAGUAGUACAGAUGGAAGAAAAGUUCGAGCUCUGUACGAUUUUGAGGCAGCUGAAGAUAAUGAGCUCACAUUUCUAGCUGGGGAAAUAAUUCACAUUCUCGAUGAUACCGAUCCGAAUUGGUGGAAAGGAACAAAUCACAGAGGAGAAGGCUUGUUUCCAUCUAAUUUUGUCACAGCGGAUUUAUCCGUUGAACCUGAACAAUUUACAAAACUGGAACACGGCAAUAAAAAGUCCGUGCAAUUUGCGGAGGAAGUUGAAGUGAAGACGGUCAAACAUGAGCCAGAGAUAAUCGAGGUUGAAAUUGAUGAACCUAAAAUGGACCGACUUCUCCACCUGCUGCAUGAGGCUGACCCUGAGUGCGAUUCGACUGACACGCAGGAAAUGUUAGAUUUGGAAGAACAAGUUACAGCUAUGGGACCACUUAUAGAUGCAGCUCUGGAGAAGGUCGAUAGGCGACAUGCCCAACUAACGCAAUUAAGCUCGGACCUGGUGGAUGCUCUCAAUCUGUAUCACACGUUAAUGAGGGAACCGCCACCCCCGACCCCGACGAAUUACACGUUACCAAAAAUGCCUCCAACCCACGUCAAUGCUUACCAAUUUCCAAACCAAGGACCGCCUCCACCUCUCAUGUACAAUGGCAUGCCUCAGCAGCCUUCAUUCAACACAGCGGGUAUGCCUCCAGGAGCAUAUCCACCUGGUAUACCCGGGAACGAAUACAUGGGUCCCGGAAACAUGGGAAACGUGAAUUUACCGCGUUUUCACAUGCAGCCUGGCCCGCCACCGUCUGGUCAUCCUCAGGGCCCACCACCACCUGGGCCUGAUCGAACAAAUCUACCUUAUCCUCAACAAGGCUUUCCACCACAAGGAGGUCCUGCAGGAGGUUCUUAUGCUGGGCCACCAGGGCCUCCAGUCAAUCAACAACCUCAAUAUGCUCCUCCAAAUGGACAGCAUAUGAUGUAAGCAAAGAUGUAAUACGACGUUCCAAAAAAAUUCCCUCGUACUCUACUCAAGUUGUAUAAUAUUAUUAUCAUGAAGAUUAUUAUUAUUAUUACUAUCAUUAUUACCAUUAUUUAAAUACGUGCGCCCAAUGUAGUCAGAAAGCCUGGGUUUCGAUAUUCAAAUCAAAGACUUAUAUGUUGAUUUUGUUUUCGUAUUUUGUUGCCUUAAGAUUUUAGUUCAGGUUCCGUUUUAAAAUGUCUGACUUUGUGUUUUUUUAAUAAAUGCAUAUUGCAUUAGUUAUGUAUCUGCCUAUUACUGUAUACAUUAGAUUUUGGCUUAAACUUAUAAUUAUUUUUAUUUGCAACAUCAAAUUUACAACACCACGUACAUUAUUGUCGGAACUGUGAAGAAUAAUAUUUUCGAAUAUUUUGAAUACAAAGUGAACCGUUUCGGAAGACAAUGGCGGUAAUACUAUACCUAAUUAAUUUCAAAUGCGAACAAAUAGACCUUGAAGAUCAUACCGAUACCUAAUUUAUCCCACGGUCCUAUGUGAUAUGAAAAUUGUCAUAGGCAGGAAACUGAAGUAAACGACAGAAGUUAAAUACGUUGAACGGACGAAUAAUUAUUAUUUAACUUCGUAUGUUGCUGUAAUUUAUUAAUACUAUUAUUAUAAUUAUGUUCCAUAUUAAAAAAUAGGAGAUGAAAGUUGGUAAAGCUUCUGUUGCUUACUUAAGUUAGUUUUAAAGCGUAUACAAACCACAAGAGGCUUGGUCGCCUGAUACUGUAUAAAAAAAAAUUAUGUAAUAAUCAAUAUAUUAAAAUGGAUUGAUGGCAGUUAUGUGGAAAUGUAUGCUGGUUGCGUCUAGUCUGAAGUUUGUCCGAUGCUUAAUCUUUUUUUUCUUUGUGAUAAUGUACAAUCGUCGCGGUGAACGCUUGGCUGGAAUUGUUUACGAUCUAUCUGAGAGGGUAUAACACAAUGAUGACAGUGAAAUCGAUUAAUUAAAAAUGGAAACUAAGACAAAGACUGAACUAUCUUUUAUCGAGAGUUUCCUUGCAAACAUCAAAGCCAGUCAGCCAAGUCAAGUGAUUGCAAUUUCAGCUAAUAGAUAAUAUAUGCAUUUCCUAUUGUAAGAAAAGAGCCUGUUGCAAUAAAAUGAAGCUAGUUCAAGUGCAGAAAUCUCACUUUAAAGUAACAAUCACACAUGCAUACACACAUACAUACAUAUAUAUAUUUUGAGAAAAUUACGACUUUGGUGUAAGUGUCGUGUUUUUGUAAGUACUUGGUAUAAUAUGUAAAUUAUAAAUAAAAAACAGUGAACAUAAGUCCUUAUAAGUUACAAGUUAAUGUAAACGAUACUAUAAAAUGUAUACCUAUGUUACGUUGCCAUUGAAUUACAAUUAUUUACGUAAA